UCUGAACGAGGUCAUAACCUGCAGGAGGGGAGUAGACGGGGGUAAAAAUCGGAAAAUCUUUUUUUGCUUUUAUAGGACCAUCUUAAUUGCUGUUAUGUUCCACAAUGGAGUCAAACAUUGGAAAUUCACCGACACUUAACGAUGAUGAAGAUGAAGUUUGGAGACAUAGACCUUUGAAGAGAGUAAAAAAAUCUGCUGAGCUAUUCAAAUUCUCGACAUCUCAACGAAAAAGUUUAGCACACUUACCCUCGCGCUCCGGCUCCAGCUCGAGCUCCAGUCAAUUGUCAAUGUGUAACUCGGGGAUUCCCCAAUCCUCCCAACGCGUCCUUACAUGUACUCCGUCUAAAAAUGCUUCUCCUAAUCAACAAUCAAGUCAACUGCAAACCAAUCAUCAAAGCGGUCGAAAGAGUUUUGAAUCGUCAAAAAAGUCGAGAAAACGGACUUGUUCAAGUCUUUCUACUAAUUCUAGCAGUAUAUUAACAGUUAAAUCAAUGAAGAUGCAGCAUCCAGGUUUAACAAAUAAGAGUGAGAAGAUCGAGACAGAAGAAGGAACUGGAGGCUUUUGUCCCAUUUGUCAAGCACCAUUUCAUUCCAUUCUUAUCUGCUCUCCCGGGGCUCAUAUACAAGAUUGUCUACAGUUCAAAAAAACAGACAAAGAAUGUCCAGAAGGUCUCUCCUGCAACAGCACCAUCUUGUCUCACUAUCAAAAGUUUAACCAUGACCUGUUAGCUCUUGUUAGGUCACAGACAAUACCUGGCACCUCAUCCAGCAUCCUGGAUAAAGAAGAGAGCAAAUCUUUGUUGACAUCUGAGGUCAUGACCUCAGACAGUGAUUUUGAAACACCGUCUUGUUCAAGAACAGCAGCAGCAACAUCAUCAUGUUCCAAACCUUAUGGAAAGGAAUAUGAGUAUGAAAUCAAAGGGGACAAGGUCAUUUGCACCCCAAAGUCUCGUACCUCUUCCCAGAUUGCGGUAUCUCAAUCAAGUUCUAAAUCUAAAUACACUGCUCGGAAAUCGGCAAAAGGUGCAAUCAACAGGAACCAUGAUAGGAUGCAGACUGUUAAAGGAGAAGUGACGACACCAAAGUUGGGAAGAAACAGUCAAAGAGAAACCUAUGCAGGGACCAAGAUUAAUAAUAAAAACAAAUAUGACAAGCUGGAACAAGACACUCCUCGGUCUAGCCACAAUUUAGUUGCCAAAAUUGAAUCUGCUGCGAAGUCUGGAAAUUCCUCAAGAAAACGCACUAGAAGUAAGUUGCCAACUAGAGAUGAAACUCCAAUGUGUGGGACGUUAUUUGAUUAUUUUCCUCCAAGUCAGAAGUCCCCUACUGAGCAGAAAACUUCUGUUGGCCAAUCCAUUGGAGAUUCACAUUCCUCUACCCUGUCCUCCUUGGAAACAAAAGUGACCUAUGGCCCGUCUUCAAUUUCUGAAGACUCUGUACCAUUUGUGGAAAGUGAUACAGAUAUUUUUGCAAGUGAUGAUAGCGAACCGGAUAGUAGGGACCCAAAGACUUUGAAAAAGACCAAAGCAGUAACUCCAAUGAAAUUGGAUGAUGAAUAUGAGUUUCUUCGGGUUAAACCAAAGCCAGAUGUGACAGUUAUUCAACACUCUCAAUCAGAUGUGGAAAGUGAUGCAGAUAUUUUUGCAAGUGACAAUAGUGAGCAAGAUUCUAUGGACCAGAUGAAUUUGAAAAAGACAAAACCAGUUGCUGUCACAAAAUCGGACGAUGAUGAUGAGUCUUCAAACGGAAUGGAUGGGUUUGUUAAGCUUAAACCAAAGCAAGAUGUAACAAGUAUCCAUGGAGAUGGUGUUGAUAGAACAACAGAUGAACCUAUUUUUGACAUCCUAGCAGGGAUGGAUGAAUCAUCUGAUGAAGGAAGCGAGUCUCUCUUUCCUGCACAGAUUUCCAACUUUCAUGAUGAUGAUAGAAAGUCACUACACCAGCACAAGAACUUCAACCCAGUUCCCCCAGCUCCUAAUCAAAGUGAUGAUGAUGCCGACGAUGAUCUUCCAAAAUUUGAUUUGACAGAAGGGACUCUGGAAGGAUUUUGCGAUAUUGAUUGGGAUGAAUCUUCCAACAUAGAAGGUCAGGGGUCAAAAGGUGACAGUGUGGUCAAAGGUCAAGAGCAUGAAAGCCAUGAGGAAGGAAACAAGUGUGCGGUCAACAUUCUGAGCAAGAAUCAAGGUUUUGGAUCUCCUGUUGACCAGCAUGAAGGAACUACGAACCAGACUGGGAUACUAGAUACAGAAGAUGAAGACAGUCAGAGUCUCUUCAGUAUUCCAAGUAAAAAGAAUGAAGCACAGUCUCCUCCUCCUCAAAGUAAUCUACAUGAUGAGGUAGUUUGUUCAGAAUAUGAGGAGGAAGAGAUGGAAGUGGAUGACAUUGACGAGGACGAAGAACCACCAGAUAAGAAAGAGAGGUUAUCACAUGAAUGGGUGGCAAAAAAUGACACAAGUGCAAUUAAAGCAACUGAUGAAAAUCCUUCUUUGAUGUCUAAUGUACAUGUGCCGUCAUCAUCGACUGCUGCAGGAGUGGGAGCCACUCAGAAAUCCAAAAAGCAGGGAACAUUGGACUCCUUUUUUGGCUGCAAACCAGCACCAAAAGUAGAACCACCUGCUGAGAAAUCCCAGCCAAACAGAAGAUGGAAAGGAGCAGAGCCGACACAAAGGAGCAAGAAAGGUGUUGGGGAAGGGAAGAAGGAAUGGAUAAAUAGCAGUGGAAAACAGUGCCCCUUCUACAAAAAGAUGCCAGGUACAUCUUUCACAGUGGAUGCCUUCCGGUAUAGUGUAAUCCCAGGAUGCAAAGCGUAUUUCUUGAGCCAUUUCCACUAUGACCACUAUGGAGGUCUCACCAAACACUUUGAUCAGCAACUCUACUGCAGCAAGGUAACAGGAAACCUUGUGAUAUCUAGACUGAAUGUAUCAGCUGAAUGUGUGAAUAAUUUACCAAUGAACACACCAUGUGUGGUAGAUGAUGUAGAGGUGACACUGCUUGAUGCAAACCACUGUCCAGGUGCCGUGAUGUUCUUAUUUCGACUGAAAUCAGGAGCUGUCUAUCUCCAUACUGGUGAUUUCAGGGCAGAUCCCAUGAUGGAACAAUAUCCUGAAUUAAGCCGUUACCAUGUCAACCAAGUAUACCUUGAUACAACUUACUGUAAUCCCCAGUACAAGUUUCCCUCUCAGAAGGAAGUGAUAGAGUUUGCUGUAAAGACAGCUGUCCAAGCCGUAAGAUGGAAUAAGAAGACGUUAAUCGUGUGUGGAACUUAUACCAUCGGUAAAGAAAAGGUUUUCAAAGCCAUUGCUGAGGCCCUGAAAUGUAAGGUAUUUGUGGAGUCAAGGAAGUAUAAAGUCUUGGAAUGCCUUGAAGAUAAUGAUCUGAUGUCCCUCCUAACUCGUGAUAUCCAGAGCUCCCGUCUUCAUGUCAUUGCUAUGAAUAUGUUUAAUCAUCAGAAACUGAAGCAGUACCUUUCUCAACACCAGCCAAGAUAUGAUAACAUUCUUGCCUUUAAGCCAACUGGUUGGACUCACAGUGAUAAGAUUGAAUCACCUUCAGAUAUCAAACCCUCAAAGAGUGGAGCAUCAACUAUAUAUGGGAUACCAUACAGUGAGCACAGCAGUUACUCUGAAAUGAAACGCUUUGUUCAGUUCCUACGGGCUGACAAGAUUCUACCGACCGUCAACAACGGAGACCCUAAAGCACGCAACGCAAUGGAGGACAUCUUUAAGAGAUGGAUGGCAGAAGAUGGACGCUCAUCAUCACCAACUAAGCUCAAGUCUGGUAAAAUCAUGAAUUUUUUCAAGAGGUAGAGAAAAGGGAGAAUCAAGUUAAAUGAUCAGGAAAGUGUUUCAUGAAGAAAAUUUAUCACAAACUUUGACUGACAGAUGUUAUAAGCUAAUGCAAAUCCUUGCAUCUGAUUGGCUGAGAGGAAUUAUUCAGUUUAAAUCACUGACCAAUUUUUUUUGUGUGUGAAAGGCUACCUUAGAGACAGAUUUCUUUCAUCAGCAAGAAGAGACUCGUCUAUUGAUAUAUUCAUGUUCAUAUCAUGAACAGGGUAUACAAAUCAAUACUUUACCUCAAAUGUUGCAGAAUUUAUAAAGAGAUGUAUAGUAACAUGACUUGAGUCUUGAGCAGGGUAUCAGGUCUCAUUUUUCAUAGAAUUUGUUUAUUAUCAUGUGUCAAGUUAGUGUAGUUAGCUGUGGAUGAGUGCACUUUGAUUGGUCAAGAGUUUAAUUUUUACAGAAAAAUAAGAAAUCAUGAUUGAAACAAAGCCUUGAAUUUCCUAAACAAUGUGAAUGCUUGUGGAAGCGCUGUGGUGUAACGGUUCUGACUCUUGCCUUGUAAUCAGAGGGUCGUGUGUUCGAAUUCCACCAUGGCCUAGCGUCCUUUGGCAAGGCGUCAAUCUACACUUUGCCAUUCUCACCCAUGUGCUAAUUGGGUACCGGUAGGAGACAACUGUCAGUGUGGUUAGUUUAGCAAGACAGCGCCUUACAGGCUGCGAAAAAAAAAACCUAUAAAUUCAGUGACCGCGUAAUAUUAAUUGUGAAGUGCUUUGAGCAGUCGUAGUUUGAUAAAGUGCCAUAUAAAAACCAAUGAUUAUUAUUAAUGCUUCAGUAAGUGAUGCAGGCUCCUUAUUUCAGAAAACCUUGUUAUCAAAAUUUGCUUCUUGUUUUAAGAAAACUUUUUACAAAGAAACGCUGUUCACUAUGGAAUGGUGCAAUUUGAUUGGUCAAGAAUAAAUUCUCCCCAAAUAAGAAAUUGUUAGUUAAACAAAGCCUAAA